AAGUCAAAGCAGGGCACUUCAAGACGCGGCAUCAUAUUACGAACAACAAAAAGAUCCAUGAAGUCAUGUUGGUGGUUGCUAGCUCCGAGACCGAGGAAGAUGUAGAAAGAUGAUCAUGCAGAGCAACAUCAGUAUCAGAAAUCUAUAUUUAUAAAAAUCAACAACUGUGCCAAAGUCGCAAUUUUUAACGAAUACAGAACAGCUUGGGCUUUAUUUUCAGACGGUAGAUGUGAUUCUCUGUGGUAAGUACUUAUCCGUAGAGAGCAUAUCAAUGCCUUCAACAUUUUACUUUGAUUUUUUUUCUUCGACGUCACGAUAGAUCUAGAUGUAUUUGGUGUUCAUAAAGACAUGUUUUCAUGAGUAGCCAUUUUGCACGUUGGCAUGAGGAAUAAAGCACGACAGUGUCAGGCGCAAAGUAUCUUCACAGCAAGUCUUGAGAAGUCUCUCCUUAUGAAUGUUUAACAUAGUUCCAUUACCAUUGGCGCCGGUAAGAAUCCUGCAUAGAGUCAUCACACUAUUUUUACCCAUUCAUGAUUGAUCACAAUCACCUGCCCAGCAUCAACCUUCUACUUAUCCUUGGUUGUGUACUUAAAUAGGGAGCCACAUAGGAGGAAGAAAAGCAUAUACAACAACACCAAACGAUGCAGCGAGUCAAGAUUGAAAACGCAAACAAAACUGAUGUCGCGUCGCCGGAGGCCGGAACUUCCCCUACUCGAAAAUAUCCAGGUCAUCUGCGGUCCGCGUUCUCAUCCUCAGGAGUUGGUUGCAGGAGCACGAGCGGCCGACGCACUUCUGCAGCGCAUAAGGUGAUUUUUAUGCCAAAGACAACAUCGACGUUGUGAGCGCUCCGAGUUGGUUCUCCUUCUCCCUGCCAUGGCUACAAGAGAGGUCGUCGUACAGGUCGUGGGUACUUACGGGUAUUGAGCAGCAGUAACAACUACGAGCCUGCUCAUCUUCAAACGGAAGCAAAAUUGUGCUAGAGCUGGAAGUGCGUAGAAAUAAGUAAAUCUUCCGCCCACGUCUUCAUCCGUAGGACGUACGCCGGAACUACGCCUGCUAAUACUCACCAGUAUGGAGAACUCUGAGGCCACCGCGCCACCCCCGCCACCUCCACCGCCGGUCGGAGGAGGAGGCUCGGAUUCUGCUGCCCAGAGCAGGCCCGCCGCCGACCCGGCGGCGCAAGGAGCGGGCGUGAUAGCGGGAACCGGCCCCGCUUCGUCCAGCACGGCCAUCGCUCCUCCGCCACCACCACCAUUGCCCACCGGGGAGGUCGUGGAUCAACACCCAGGCGGGGGGAGCAGCCAGCAGCACCAGACGUCCGCGGGCGCCAGUGGUGUCGUGCCCCCGGCGACAGGUGCGAUAAUUUCCGCCGCAAACACAGCUAGCAACACAGCAACAUCAUCUUCCGCAGUGUUGUCGCAGCUAGACCCGGUAUUGCAACCCCCGCCGCCUGCGCCAAACGAACAGCAAGGUAUAGGGACUGCCGGAGGCUCGAGUCUACUCUCUACGGCGAACAACACUAACGCGCCAGGAGGUACUGCUGCUGUUGCUGCAGUGUCCACAGCAGCUACAGCCACCGGCCAAGCCGCGUCAACCACAACGACACCGCAGCAAACGACCAAUUCCAGUCUCAGUGGAGGCCAGAAUGCUGGCUCAGGACCGCCCCCGCCUCCCCCGCCGCCAGCGGCUUCUUCUAGUACCGGCGUCGCAGGAGCAGGCGCACAGCCACCUCCCCCCGCGGAACAAGCGGGGGUCGACGGAGCUGCUGGUGUAACGGGAACAACAGCAACUUCAGCCACGACGACCCAAGCUCCCGCCCCGGUUUUACUAGGACUUGCUCCUUCCGUGGGAACAGAUGUAGUGGCGGCGCAACAGACCGCUGCGCCCGCUGCACCGGGAGAAAUUACCAAUACGACAAGUGCUGGUAGUACUACGGGAUUAUUAACUCCAGUGGUCGUCGACCCGGUUCCAGACGGAGCUGCCGUUGUUUCCAGCGCAACUGCAGGUGCAACGGGCGGCGCAGCAGCUCCUGCGGCACCUCCACCGCAACAAACGCAAGGGCCGCCCGCCGGGGAACAUCAAUCCCAAGUUGGCGCGGCUGGUGCACCUACGCAACCGCCAACGCUGCUCUCAUCCGCCGUCGCGGUGCCGCCGCCAGACGCGAACCUCAGUGGGACAACGAUCGUGUCCACUUCCGCGGCUAUCCAGCGGGAAAGAAACUGCGUGGGUGGAACGCUGCAAAGGAGCAGUCCAUGUUGCAAUACAGUAAGUACUCGGUUUUGUCAUGCUGGAUCUGGAUGCUGCUGCACGGGCAAACACGAACUUGAACUUCACACGUGGUGUAUGUGUUUACAGCAGUAUCUAUUCCUAUUGUACUAGACUACGCAUCAGUUCCGGUUGCGCGACACCUGUUGCUGCUGUAUUACUUCCAGCAAGUCUUGUUAUGUUUUUUCGACACAUCAGUAGUUCUUUCCUUGGAUACCCUGCAGUACCGCAACGGGACCGGGCGUUCCACAAACUGCCGCCGGACCACCGCACACAACUGCGCCGUUGCAGUACGCAGCACCGCCGUCGGAGCCUACCUCCGGUGGCACCACGAGCACCUCCGCCCAGCUCUCUCUGCCGCCGGACCAGCAGCCCGGUGGUACAACAACUACUGCGUCCGCGGGGGCGGCAACCGCGACAGCCGCAUCUACUUCAGGCGGGGUGGCACAACAAGGAGUACAACAAGAGCAGCCGACGGCUCUGCUACAGCCCACGAAGAGUACCGGUUCCACGUCGCAGCCCCCCGUCACGCCCCCGCCCGCCGGGACCUCGAGUGGCCCCGGUGGAACAAGCACCACUACAAGCUCCUCCCAGCUCGUCUUCCCCACGUUCGCUCCCGGUCAAGGAGCCACCCUGCCCGCGCCCUCGCCGCAGCAAGUGCUAACCCCGUCCGCCCCGGGGGGGUUUUACAACUACGCUGCGGGUGUAGGGGGAGCAGCAGCUCCGGGGCCGCUACAACCAGUCGGGCCGCUACCAGCUGGUAAUAAGUAUUUUGGAUAGAAGAAGGAGUACUUAAUGUCAUAUUAAAGUAAAAGUAUCAUUAUUUUGUUGCGCUGUACGGUCUUCGAUGUAGUUCCAAUAGUACUCUUUCACGUACGGUCGUCGUCGAGACAUCUAUUCACAUCGCCUGUAGUUUUUCUCAAAUCUACAAUUCGAGAACUCGUGACCACGCCUUUGACAAUCAAGAACGCUCGUAUUGAAACGAUUUUUAGGUCCAGGUUUCGUCCAACCUGCGGUACCCGACGGAUCGUCCGGACCUUCCGGCCUAGCCGAACACGCGGCCAGCACACUGCCGUAUGCAUUACGAACAUCUUAUCAUGUCCGGAACUGGGAGGUAGUUUUUAAUUGCGCAUGGAACGAAGGCAGAUGCAAAAAAACUCGCUUUUUGAGUGCAAAAACCAUGUUGACCUCUUCAUCAUGCGAUCCUCACUCAUUCACCACAAGAAAAGAACCAUAUUUAUACGAAAGCAAAGUGCUUCUUUGUUUCAUUCGUCCAGCCACCAUCAUGAAGUCCCAGGGCUCGCAAAAUCGGGUUUCAAGAGUGCUCGCUGUUGUAGUGGAUCUGAAUUUCCUUUCGUAGUUCCAGCAACAGAUAUAGUGUAGUUCUCUUUCCCGACCAGAUCUGGACAUCAUGCAAAAGUUUUUUGUAAGUGCAUACCCACCCCGCAAUUUCCUCCACGCCUCUUCCCGGAGGACCUACUUUCGGGCCCCUCACUCCGACCCCCGGCGGACCCUCCUCCCUGUCUUCGGUUAUGGCCCGCGUGAUACGCGACACGUUUCAGGACGUGCUCCGCGGCGAGGUACAGACCCUCCGUGGCGGUGUCUCCGCCGCUACUUCCCUGCCGCCCGGCGUACCGCGUCCGCCGUCCGGUGUAAUAGGAGGAGGACCCGGGGGAGGUGGUGCUGCUACUAGCUCCUCUAACAACGUACUAGCGCGCGGCGGAGGAGCACAACUUCUACCCGGGGCAGCCGUAUUACCCGCGGGCUCAAGCAGCGCGAGCGCGUUCAGCGAGCUGCAUCCGCAGCUGCAGGCACCCAUGCUGCAGGACUUUUUGCGUAUCAAUUGCAAAAAUGUCUGGGUCUGGAAGAUUGCAACUUGUCAUGCGGUUUUUGGACUCUAAAAAAAUUUGUAUUGCAUGACCAGCAAGAGGGGCACGCUUUGUGCUACACGGACGGGGCAUUUCUCAUGCGGAAGGUGCAUCAGGAAGCCCUCUAAAAGUCUGCGAUGCUAGGUCAUGCAUUACAGCCAUCAUGGGUCAUGAGAAAUAUGCAUGGCAAAUCUUGCUUUCUCCCAGACCCAGACAUUUUUGCAUUUGAUAUUGCGUCUGGGGGAGCAAAUUCACGCGCACAUGUCGGACCUGCAGUUUCUGGAAGACGAGAACAAAACGCUAUCAACUGUAAAAAUGUCUGCGUCUGGAAGAUUGGGACACUUGUCAUGCACGUUUUGCAUGAGCCCUGAUGCCUGUGAUGCAUGCCCUAGCAAUACAGAUUUUUUGAGAGCUUCUUGAUGCCUAUUCCGCAUGACAAAUGCCCUCUCCGCGUAGCAAAAAUUACAUUCCCUUUGGUACUCAUGCAAUACAGAUUUUUUUGGAAUCCAAAUGCAGCAUCACAAGUUGCAUUCUUCCAGAUCCAGACAUUUUUGCAUUUGAUAAACGCUGAAUAAACGGAACAAGGAGCUAUCCGACCGCAACGCAGAACUCGAGGAGCAGAUCGAGCAACAUGAGGAGGAAAUGAAGGAAAUGGAGGAAAAAGCAGAAGCCAAACUGGACAAAGAGGUAUAUUAAUAUUUUUUGAUUUCGACUACAAAACUAAAAGUAAAACUUCGGCAGGAGCGAAGCCUUUAGCUUGAAUUCACGGUUUACGACGAUGCUCUUUCGUAUUUCGUUUUGCAUUUUCUAGGGGCCAGCACUGCCCCCGUGAGGUCACCUAAGUAAAUGCUAUGAAUGCCAGUAGUCGAUUUUCACUUGAGCACUUGUACCAGAGCUAGGAAAAUAAAAAUACAACUGGGGAAAUAGCCAUGAUCUCUGCGAACCAAAAUGUAUCAAACCCAGCGGUCUAACUGGGCGCAUCGUGAGGACGAAUGGAACGACGAAAUAUGUUGGAAAAACUAUAGUGUCUAUAGUGUAACUUGUUGGUCUUACAACUUCGUGAUGCGAACUCUGCAUAAGUAGGUCAGCUUGCACACAUCAUCUUCUGUAUACCAUCGUAUCGGUAUCUGCCGCUCUUUGUUUUUCUCUUUUCUAGAUGAAGAAAGUAGACGAAUGCAAAGUUUAAGUUACACUAAAGUGCGGUAGUUUUUCCUGCGAUACCAACGAAAGAAGCACUACAAAGAGAAGGAGCAAUAUGAGACGAAAAAAGGGCAGCUGCACAUCAAAGAUCGACCAUGCAUGGUGUUGUAAAUGUAAUGUCAGCAUGAUAAAUUUGUGGGCCAUCUUCGUCUUCCGCAUACGGACAUAACAGUUGCUGUAUUGUCAACAAACAAGUGUUUUCUGUAUGAACAGACAAAAUUGAACGAACCUCAAACAAUCAUGAUCAUCGCGUCGUUGCUACAAGAAGCUUACGGUGUGAUGGUAUAUGUAAAAUCACUACAUGCACAACUUGCACUUUCAGAGCCGCAGACGCAGGCGUACGAAAGAGUUUCUGCAUCUUCACUCAGGAGAAUGAACAAUUUUUCCUUUGCGCAACUUUUUUUCGCUCCAUGCGCAACUCCGGCAGGACAAGGAAUCUCUGAAAGAGGAGCAGAAGCGUUUGAAAAAGGAGCAGAAGGACGCGGAGAAGCGGUGUCAAGAAGCGGAAAACGCGGUAAAGGACCUGAAAGACGAGCACGACCGACAGCUGCAGGAAGCUAUCGAGAACGCAAAAAAGCAGGAGCGCGAUCGCAUGCUCAUAUGACAGCGCACAACUCCCCCUCUCCUCAUUUGUAUAGCAUGAACGGCAAUCCAAGCGUUAGCAAGAGUGCCGGUUUUGCAUGACAGAUUUGCACUGGAGUGUAGUGCUAUUUGGGCUACCAGAACUUCUCAUGCAAACAGUGCCAAGAGGCGAAGCGUGGAGCAGGUGUUUUGCAUGACAAAUGAGGGGGAGGGGGAGUUGUGCACUCUCAUAGCUCACCGCGCUAAACGUCAAUGCCUCUGCCGCCGCAGAGAAGCCGGCCAGCGGCGACGCACAGCAACGUAUGAAUUUUGAUGCUGACUUAAAUAUUAUCGAUCCUUUUUUUUCCCAAACAGAUCCAUUUUCUGAUUUCUGCGGCGGUGAUGUUGCCCUCCACCCUCUUGUUUCCUCGUGGGUGCGAGGGGCUGCAGCACGCAUCUUCAAGGUGUUGGCCCGCAAAGCGAUCAUCUUUCACGACCGUCGCGCCGCUGUGCUAAGAAGAGCUUAAAAAAGGAAAGUGUACACAAUCAAAGAGGAGCUCAUUAUAUGACACCGAGUCGUGAGUGAGAUCUGAGAAUGAGCGAAGCUUAGAUAUCCCACGAAAAAAGUGUUUCACAGCUGCACAUUUGAAGAUGUUGAUGUUGUGACUCUAGCAAUAGAAACUUGCUCUUCACGACAGGGAAGCAGGUUUCUAAUGCAGCUGCGACCAACAUAAGCAAAAACACGUAUGAAACGAGUGUCGUUCGCAUUUCUGGCAUGACAAAGGUUGUCUGUCUUGGGUGUUCCGCAAUAUUAAAAUCAUGUGCAACUGUAAAACACUUUUUCUUUGCAUAUCACUCGUACCUCCACUUCCACACAGGGACCACUACAACAGCAUCCCAUAGUAGUACUAGCACAACCUCUAUCCAAGAAAAAAACGUCGUUAGCGUAAAUUUGUGAUGCGCACGAUGCAAGAUGAUUGCGUCUGUCAUGCUUGGGAUGUAUCGUAGGGUCCAUUAAAGGACGUUGUCACGUCCUAUCUGCGCGUGACAGGUUUUUGCUGUCAUGCCAGACAAAUUUGUGAUGCAGUUCCUCCAAAAAAGUUACACCUACAAUGUUUUUUUCUUGGAUAUCUUCCAGAGCAGGGUUGUCGCCAGCUCCCAUUUCGCCGACCUGUGGCUCGCGUGGUAGUACGACCGGUACUACUGGUUUGCUGAACGGCGGCGCAGUUGUAGGAGACCUCCAGUCCUGCUCCGAGGAAUUAUCUUUGUCCACCUCCAACGAGCAAGUACACCGUCCUCGGAGGCAGGAAAGUACAACAAGCGAGGUCGUACUAGGCGCCGCGAUAUUGAACAAGGAGCCUCCUGUCGGCUCAGCAGGAGCCUCUUCCGCAGUGCAAGCUCGGGGCGAGCCCAUAUGUGCCAUGGUGCGUGGCUGCGCGCAGGUCGUGACCACGAACACGACGACCGAGAACAAUCUUCCAUGUGGUUCUUCACCAAAGGCUGUUCUCAAUAACGGGCACGACGAGCUGCACCAGCAGAGUGCGAAUGCCACCGCUAGCGCUGCAACAACUUCUUCCGCGUCGUCGGAGCAUGUGACUUCAAGCACGGCGGUCCAGCGUGUGACUCCAGAAGCGAGCGGUGCUAGGAUUUUUGGACAGAACGAAGCCAGCGGGACGAGUUGUAGUGGUGCGCAAGAAAGAGAGACAAGGCCGCUGGUGGUGCACGGGGAGCACACUGAAUAUCUCCAAGACGAACGCCAGCCUUCGAUGGCAGCGUCGACCGCCGGCGCAGGGGGCGGCGGAUGUGCGGAAACAUCGGCGAGAGACGCCAGAAAUAUUGAUGCGGCCUCUUCUACACAUAAUUCCUCACUGCUAGUACAGUCGCUGGAUGACUCGUCGUCCUUAAUAACGACGGCCACUACGCAUCUUCCAGAGGGUCCUCGCGCAGAAGGACCUAGUAUGAAUCCUCCCCCUCGGAGGACCUCCGUGUCCGACAGAAAUGCAGGCGUCUUCACGCAGGAUGAUGAUAGUGUGGGCGGUGCUACAGCAGCACACGAGAAUCCCGACUACACGAAAAAGGACCACCCGCACGACGUCGCGGCAGGCGUAAAGAUAGCGACCCAGCAGGGGAAGGACGAGAAGGAAGAAGUUGGAGGAACAGAUGCUGGCAACCACGGUGGAAUGAACCGCCUGCAGGAACCUCCCGGUCCGCUUGUCCUCGUCCGCGACAUUACUAGUGGCAUGAGUAGUACGGGAACGGCCACCGGCGUUCAUCACCCAAGCAUGGGAACAGGCUGCGACGAGACCGAGAGGAAUAUGAUUACUACAGCAAGAAGUUGUACAGUGGCGAUGUCAACAAGCUCUACUUCUUGCGCAGCAGUGUCUUGCACAAGUCCUACUCCGGGCGGCAUCCAUGCAGACGCCACGACCAGCAGCACCCCAGUGGAACAAGGUACUAGUCGACCUCUGAUCUGCCCGCGGGGUAUCCAACUGGUGGACGACGAGGAGCUGAUUUUGGGUAUGCUUGGGAAAAAAAGACGCAGGUAUCGAAUGCGGGAGUAUCUAUCGUGUUUCUUUUCUGGGUCGUCUGCACGAACCUCUUCGUGGUCCUUCGAAGAGUCAUAUCGACGUCAUGCACAUACUGACAGUAAGUAUUUCCUGUGACAAUCAAGUAGAAGCCGUUGUGUCAUUCCUUUUUUACGAUCGUACUCUCCCGGCUCGUCACUUGCGUUCUUAUUUUUUCUCCCCUUUCAUACCCCACGCGAACCGGUUUGAGGCAUCGUCUUCCAUUUACAGCACGCCGGCACUGUCGGAGUACUCGAACUUUUCACUCGCAUCGCUGUCCCGCGCCAAUUCGGCGGGUUGUUGUACCAGCACGAAGCAGCUGUCAGAACUGGUGCACGCUAACAACAACAACUUGAGCGGUCGUGCGAAUGAAGAUGAUGCGGAAAAAAGACUUUUUGAUCCGGAGGUCACAAGCACAACCACAACUGUUAGAAGGGUCGGACCUGCUCGUCGCCACAGUCAUUCGCGAACUUCUACCACUGGUUGUCAUAGUAGAGCGUCUUCCGCGCAGGAAGUAGCGGACUCUUCGUCUACCGGACGACGAAAUCAACAUGUUGAAGACCCAGAUCGUCCGUUUCCAACUGCACUCCUGCCGAAGAGUUCAACUUCCGACAAGAACAUCAGCGGCCCAGAUCAUGGCAUUGCUACAAGUCUUUCGGAAGCAGGAGCCGCGCACCUCCGUGUCGAGUUCGACAGAUCGAAUAUUAAAUCAAACGCGACAGUAAGUGACGGCUCUGUUGGUUCCUCGAUGAAGAAGAUCUUACCUAAUGCGCAGGAGGAACAGGUACAGGAACUACACCCGCACUUCAUUUCCCCGGUCCUCGUCGAAAAACUUACCUCGCCGCCGCCUUUGUUUCGAACGCAAAGCACGCCGUCGGAGCUUCUUGCGGACAGCCCGUUGGAGAGAGAAGAUGAAGCCAGCGGCAAGAGAAUCAACGUGGGGGACGACGUCAGUUCUUCUGUAGUAAAAGAACCGCAGAUCACAGUCGAGGACGACGCGCAUAUUCUUCGUCAAGAAGCAACAGGGAGGACGACUGCAAGUUUGCCGAACCGGCAAGAAGACGAAGAACCCGGUGGUUAUCAGCAGGUCAGCUUGCGAUCGCCUCCCCGUCGUGCAGUACUAGCUUUCGGACGAGAGACAAUCAUGGCAGCUCACGAAAAAAAUACUACCCCGCCGAAAAUCACCGCCCGGCUCGCUCCUUCCCCCUCCCCCACCUGCAAGGCGCUCGCACCCCUCGUGAGACGAGCUCCGCCGGCACAAGAACUUCUGCAGGAGAAGAUAAGAACAGACGACUCACUAUUCGAUGCUCCUGAUCCCGUGCAGCUGCCGGAUACUAGCAGUUUUUUGGUCCACCCGAAGUACGAAAGCGACCCGCACCACAACCCGUUUGCACCCCUGUCGUGCCCGACCUUAUGCCACAAAAAUCUUUGCAAAUCUCCUCUCCUGGGAAGGACGGAACCGGGAGUAGUGGAAACCAUCAUGAUUACAAGUACCUACCUGGAUGAUCGGACCGUGACCGACAUCUGAUUGUAUGGUAAGAGCGAGUUGGAGUUGCCAGCAGUACGUACAAUUUGAUGCAUGUUUGUGGAGGAAAUGAACAAAGCGUUCUCGACAAGAUUUACUUAUCAGCUGUUCAAUAUCUGCGCAUGACCUCGUUACAUGUCGCAAGUCAGUAGCUCAUGAGUUCACGCUAAGUUUUUCCUCUAGUAAAGUAAACGCUGGCUCUUUCCUUCCGCCAGCACCGAGGAGAGAUUUGCAACUGUUACUGUUCCAUAUCCAGAUCCUGAAGAGGGCGGGGCACGCCUGGGUGGCUCCUGACCCUGAAAAGAUGAACUGCGCCAAAAUAUCUGUGGAGCCGUCGGCUGAUAGAUCAUUUUGUUUGUAGGAUGAAGAAAAAUGUUGUACGUAUAACAUCGAAGAUUUGCAACUUUUGGUCGUUUUGAGUUUUGUUUUGGUGCAAGAACUACACGCAUAAAAAGAACCACACAAAACCAUAUGUGCGAAAAGCGUAUUGCCGAUCACAUAAUACGCAUAUAUGAAGAAAAAGAAUUUUUUUUUGGUUGAGGUUGAGUACAUAGUUCACCGUGGGGCCGACAGUGCGGCGCCAUGGUUGACGCUUUAUUUAAUCCAAAUUGAACUCGUCCUGCACCCGUCCCCUAGUUGUAUAAGCACGAGUUUAUUUCUUUUGCAUAUUAUUAGAUGCACCCGUGAAUGAUAGUAAAACAUCGUGCGACGCACUCCGCCGUCAGAACUAAAGGCGGACGCCUUUCUUAAUGCGUUGCUAGAAACCGAGCUCCCACAAGAAUUAGCUGGUGUUCAUGAGCUCGUUGUGGAGGUCCCUGUGUGGCUAUGUAGAAAAUUAAGCUCAUGAAGUUGUAAAAGUUAUGUGUGGAGGUUCGAGUUCGAUACGUUCAAAGUUUGCUUGUCCUUUGCAUUUCCCGUAGUUUUAGAAAGAGCUUGUGUACUUGUUUACUUAAUUGCCUACUUCGCUUGCCCGUUCUUCUGCUUAUGUCCCGUCCUUGCGGAACUGUUGCGUGAACAAAGAGGACACGGCUUCCUACCUCUUCAUGCGUCGUGGCAACAACUGUUUAUAGCGCUUAUUCUUGUUGAAAUCAAAAUUUAGACCAGAAAAUCGGAAGAAGUACAUGUUUUUUUGCGUAUCCCCUUGCAAUGGGGGUCGCGGCUUGAAUGAGGUUGGGGGGUGCGAAGGCGCGACCGCGUUCCGGGUUGUUUUA